AUGACAUAUGUACGCAAGGGCUCAAAGACAAGGGCACAGCAACACCGGUCUGUGCAAAGCAGGGAUCUGCUAUGGGUCAGUGUAAAUGGCUGCCACAUUCUCAAUGUGUACAGACAGCCUGGGACAGACGCAGUCAUGGACUAUCUGACCAAUCUGAGCCCACCAGCCCGCUGUCUGAUAGGUGGGGAUAUCAACGUACGGCAUGAUGCCUUUGAACCAGGGGCAGUGAAUCUGCACCGGGGCGGGGAGCUUGUCCAAUGGGCCAGUGAACAUGGGAUGGACUUUGUGGGAGAGAUAGGGGUUCCAAUUCAUGCAGCAGGUCAUGUGAUUGAUCUCACCUUCUCCAAUGUGGCCUUUGCUUCCACUACAGUGCGUCAAGAUCUACACUGCGGCUCAGAUCACCAGUCUAUGAUCACUAUGCUGCCAACAACACCUCAAACACAGCUGAGUGAUGCUCGGAUCAAGAUCACAGACUCUCAGCUGGAGCCCUUUGCAGAUCUUGUCAGAGGUCUCAUGGUGGACAUGCCUAUCCCAGAGGGGGUUGGAAAUGUGGCACAGCUUGAUGAUCUGGCCCAGCACUUCACUCAGAGUCUUCUGGCUGCAGCUCAGGCAGUCAGUAAGCCAGCUCAACAAGGGCGGACCACAGCCCCCUGGUGGACAGCAGACUGCCGAAGAGCGCACCGAGAGCUCACCACUCACCAGACAGAGGCCGCGAAGCACCAGUUCAAGGAUGCAGUGCGCAAGACCAAGCGUGCAUACUGGAGGCAGGUGAUCAAUGGCGCCAGAGAUGGUAGAGACCUGUACCGGGUGGUGGCAUGGCAUAAGCUAGGACCCAACCUCAGAGCACCCCCUCUGGUGAUUGGGUCUCAUGCAUAG